ACUAAUGGAGUUUACUGAGAUAAGAGUGAGGUGUUGCAUUGCAUUGCAUUGGGUAGGACCUUCACUAUGAAUGGUAAGUGCCCUGGGCAGUGUGUUGUACAGCAGACGUAUCUAGGAGUUCAAAUACACAGUACUAUAAACGUGGCAUCAUAGGUGGUUAAAACGGCUUUUGUGACAUUGGCUUUCAUCAGUCAGAGUAUUGAGUAUAAGGUUGGGGUGAUAUGUUACAAUUGUACAACAUGUGGCUGGCAUGGUGGCGCAACGGAAGAGUUGCUGCUUUACAGCGCCACAGACCCGGGUUCCAUCCUGACCACGGGUACUUAUCUGUAUAUCUCCCCGUGAACUCCGUGGACUUUCUCCGGGAUCUCUGGUUUCAUCCCACAUUCCAAAGGCGUACAGGUUUGUAGGUUAAUUGGCUUGGUAUAAUUGCAGAUUGUCCCUAGUGUGUGUAUAGGAUAGCAUUAGUGUGUGCGGGGAUUGCUGGUCGGCGCAGAUUCGGUGGGCCGAAGGGCCUGUCUCCACGCUGUAUCUCUAAACUAAACUAAAUUAAACAUAGGUGAGGCCACAUUUGUAGUAUUAUGUUCAGUUUUGGUCACCAAGCUGAAUGGCAUUAAGCUGGAAAGAGUGCAGAGAAGAUUUAUGAGGAUGUUGCCAGGCAAAUAGGAUUAGCAUAGAUGGGGCAUCUUGGACAAGUUGGGCCAAAGACCCUAUUUUGUGCUCUGUGACUCCAUGAAGCAAGUAGAAAUGUUUUCUGACAUUCAUAGAAAAAAAACAUUUUAUAACAAAAGUUCUUCUUUCCCAUCCAGAUUUGGAUACGAUGGCAACAAAUGUAAAUUAAAAAGGGCCUGUUCCAUUUAUGCGAUUUUUUUCGGCGACUUGCCGGCACCCGUCAUCGUGAGGUGACGCCUGUAUGGUCGUGAGUAGUCGCCCAAAGAGUCGUACCUUUUUCUGGGCGCCGCUGGAUUUUCAACACUUCGAAAUUUCUCGGCGACCUGCUGCGACUAUGACGGGUGUCGGCAAGUCACCGAAAAAAAUGCGUAAGUGGGACAGGCACUUAAGGAUCACAACUGCAAUACAUUUGAGAAAUGCUGAAUAACCAAUUUGUGAAGCCGCUGCAAGUUAAUGUAGUUAAUCUUUGAAAAUCAUGACUAAAAUCUAUUCAUGCACUUCAACUCCUUGGGAGGUCAUCGAGAGCACAUAUUUUUAGGAAACCUCUCACACUAAUAAAUAUUCAAUGUUUUACUGUUUGGUAGUUAAAUUAAAAUCCAUCACUUAUUUAUACCGAGAAGAAAAUCUGAUAAAUGAUCACACUAAGGAUGAUCUAUAAAUAUUACGGAACUGUUAAAGCUCUGCACAUAGUGAGGAAAGCCAAAAAUGCUUUAUAGUCUCUUCAAAUUUGUUUAAUCCACCAAAAGCAAAGCAAGACAAUCUGUGCCACAAUCUACUAUUUGUGGGGAACUCUAGACCUCCAUCUUUCAUAGUCUAGGGGAACAUCUGAAAAGGAUGGAAAACGAAGAACAAAUGACCAAAAUGGAACUUCAUUUGGAAUCUCAAAUACGUAUUGAAAGGACAGUGAAAGAAGAAGUUGACACGAAGAAAACCAUUGAAAAGAAGCUGCGUGAAAAUUGCUCGUGUUCGUUGGAUAAGCUUAAAAACCUUAUUAUUGGUUUCUUCCCUGUCCUCCAUUGGCUCCCACGAUACAAGUUCAAAGAAUGGAUUUUAGGUGAUACCAUUUCAGGUUUGCUUGUUGCUGUUGUUAUAGUUCCUCAGGCAAUAGCAUAUGCAUUGCUUGCUGGUCUAGAAACCAGCUCCAGUUUGUAUGCAUCCUUUUUCUUCUCCUGCAUUAUUUAUUUCUUAAUGGGUACCUCACGCCACAUUUCAGUGGGCAUUUUCAGCUUAAUAUGCCUCUUGGUGGGCCAGGUGGUCGAUCGAGAACUUCUUCUGGCUGGAUAUGAAGUUGAAGAUUUCACAGUGUUGCCAUCAGCAAUGAACAAUGCAAAUAACUGGACCAGCAGUAAUGUUACUACAUCCAUGAUAAUGAAUAUCACUUUUCCUGGAUCACUGAAUAUGGAAUGUGACAGAAAAUGCUAUGCAAUCAGUGUUUCAGCUGCCCUAACAUUCAUGUGCGGUGUUUAUCAGUUACUGAUGGCAAUUUUCCAUCUUGGAUUCGUAUCCAAGUAUCUAUCUGAACCCUUGCUGGAUGGAUUUGCAACUGGUGCCUCGAUUACCAUCGUAACAAUGCAAGUCAAGUACCUCAUUGGAGUAAAGCUGCCGCGUAGCCAUGGACCUGGCAGUGUUGUCGUAACUUGGAUAAACAUUUUCAAGAACAUUCACAAGACUAAUUUAUGUGAUCUGAUAACAACUGCCAUUUGUAUGCCUUUGCUAGUUGUUUCAAAGGAAUUAGGGGAAAGAUACAAGGACAAGUGUAAGUUUCCCUUCCCGAUGGAAUUAACUAUUGUCGUUAUCGCUACAAUUAUAUCUCAUUUUGUAAACCUAAAUGAAAUAUAUGGUUCAAGUAUUACUGGCCCAAUCCCCACCGGCUUCUUACCUCCCACAGUUCCGAGUUUGACUAUUUUACCAAGAGUUGCUAUUGAUGCUAUAACACUUGCAAUCAUUAGCUUUGCCUUCACAAUUUCACUGUCUGAGUUGUUUGCAAAGAAGCAUGGAUACACAAUUCAAGCAAAUCAAGAGACUUAUGCUCUUGGAUUCUGUAAUGUAAUUCAAUCAUUUUUUCAUUCUUAUGCUUCCAGUGCAACUCUGGUUAAAACACUUGUUAAAGAUUCCAGUGGCUGUCAGACUCAGCUCUCUAGUCUUGUGAGUGCUGUGCUGGUGUUAAUGUUGCUCCUUUUCUUAGCUCCUGUAUUCUAUUCUCUGCAGAAGUGUGUUCUAGCAAGCAUCAUUAUAGUCAGCCUCAGGGGAGCUCUCAUGAAAUUUCGUGACCUACCACAGUUAUGGAGAAUGAGCAAAAUUGACACUAUGGUUUGGUGGGUCACAAUGUUGUCUGUGUGUUUAAUAAGCACUGAACUGGGGCUUUUUACAGGGGUAACAUUUUCACUUCUGUGUGUCAUAGUUCGCACUCAGGUACCUAGGACAGCUUUGUUAGGUCGGAAGCAGGACUCAACUCUGUAUGAAGAUCAAGCAGAAUAUAAUAAUCUUUCAUCUAUUCCCCAAAUCAAAAUAUUUCGUUUUGAAGCUUCCCUAUACUAUUGCAAUAAAGAUUACUUUAUGGAGAGCCUAAUGAGGAAGGUUGGUCUGAAUCCUGCUCUGGAGAUUGCAAAGCAGAAAAAAGCAGAAAACAAGCGAAAAGGAAAAAAGAAAUCAGGGGAAACAUUCAAUGGUAACAUCAAUCAAGAACAGCCUGUUGUCAUCAAAGAAUUGAUUCCCAAGAUCUACAAUUUUCACACAAUUAUUCUAGAUUGCUCCACCAUCCAAUUUUUGGAUAGUGUUGGUAUUAAUACAAUGAAGACAGUCCUGAAGGAUUAUAACGACAUUGGUAUUACAGUCCUCCUAGCCAACUGCAAUCCUUCAGUGCUUGAUUCUUUGAGUAGGGGACAGUACUUUGGAGAAAAUUGUAAGGAGAUGGACAACUUGCUUUUCUAUUCAGUGCAUGCAGCUGUUCAGUAUGCUGAAGUCAAAUGGUCUGAGUCAGGUAAUUCCUCUCUCUAAAUGUUUCUGCAUUUGUUGAUAAAUAUUGACCAUGCACUAUGAAAAUGGCAAUAUGAGUACAUUUUAAAAGGCUUAUAAUCUAAGCUAUAGAUCACUGGAUAUUUUAAUCAUAACUGAAGCUGUUUUUUUCAUUUGUUACAGCACAGUAAAUUAAUCUACCAGAUAUUUGGUCAAAUAAAUUGGAAAUAUCCUUAUUUAGAGCUGGCUCUAAUUUAUAUGGGUAACUGAGGGUUUUUUACAACACAUUUAAUAUUGCCUAGUGAAGAUGGAAUUAAAUAAUGGGGGGUAUACAAAAGUGCUGGAGAAACUCAGCGGGUGCAGCAGCAUCUAUGGAGCGAAGGAAAUAGGCAACGUUUCAGGCCAAAUCCUUCUUCAGACUUGGUUGCAAGCCAGUGAACCCUGAUGGAAUUAUUCUUGAAUAUAAAAGAUGACAAUAAUUGCCUGACAAAUAGAUAUGAAUAAAUAUUCAGUGGAAAGAUGAAAGGUUUUUUUUAAGAUAUUUAAAAACAUUGUCAGGAGUGAUCUGAUGAAUUA